AUGGCGAUCCCAGCUGCCGUUAUCGCUGCGGGUUGGAUUCCUUUCGUUGUCGUUUUAGUUCUGACCCUACUCUUCUCUGGAUUUUAUGUGAGAUAUUUUAUGAGCAAAUAUGACAGUGAACUGUCUACAACACUGACAGCCAUUUUUGCUCUCACUGUUACUUUGCUAACCUCAGCUUUAGUUCCUGUGGACAUCUUUUUGGUGUCUUAUAUGAAGGACACUGAUGGCAGAUUUAAGGAUUGGGCUAAUUCUUCUGCUGUACGUGAUGAAACAGAAAACACUGUACUUAUUGCCUAUUAUGUUCUGUAUGGAAUAAUAGCAUUUUGCCUGUUCCUUCUUCUUCCAUUCAUGUACUUCUUUUAUGAGGAGAAGGAUGAAGAGUCUACAUGUAAAUCUCGGUGCUGUACAGCCUCAAAGUACUCCAUUGUGUGUGUUUUGAUUGCGGCAACAUUUCUGCUUGUUGGGGCUUUUGUUCCGACCAGAUCUAAUCCAAAUUCUAACAGCACAGAAUGGAAGAAAAUCGAGGCUCUCUUCGGUGACAUGGCCAGUACAGGGAUUGAAGAUGCGCUGUCAUUUGUCAUCAGCAUUUUUAGUCUGAUCGGAAUGCUUGGGAUUCUGUUUUACACUGCUUAUGGGAUGUCGGUGCUGCCACUGGAUCUAGUCAGGGGUCAGGAAAGUGCUAAGAAGGAACGGAUGCAGACGCAAGCAGAAAGAGAGGAGAAUCAAAGAAAACGUCAGAGUCUGCGAGACAAAUACCUCAACCGGAGGUCCUUCACUUCAAGGGCUCGAAGGCAUGAGGAUAAUUUAGUUGAAGAAGACCACUUGCUUGCUCGGCGUGAACGACACUUGAUUGCAUCAGAAAACAGCUGGUUCCACAAGUGCUUCUUUUUGCUGCGGCCGUUUGAAAUCGUCUUGGGAGUGGUGUUCUUUCUUCUGGCGUUGCUUGUUUUUAUUUCCUUGCUUCUCACAAAUAUUGACAAAGCCAUGCACAGCUUGGGCUACAAGAGUGGUUAUGCCCUGCCAGAAAGACAUCUUCCUAACCCUGUGGAUAUAGUCUUGGUCUACUCCCAAAAGGUUUUCCCUCUGGACUAUUUGAUGAUGGUGGGAAUUAUCGCUUACUUUGUACUGUGCUCUAUGUCUGGAAUUAGACGCAUUGGGAUCUGGUUUCUGUGGAUUCGGAUGUACAGAAUUCGCCCUCGGAGAACCAGACCUCAAGGCAUCCUCAUGUUCUGCAUGAUCCUGAUGUUCAUUGUCCUCGCUGUCAACAUUGUGCUGUAUGAGCUGACACCCCAGUACUCAUCCUUUGGCAGUCAGCAUUACGUGAAUGAAACAGCCAGGAACACAACCGCACACUCUGGAGACGUCAAACAGUGUACAACGGCUGUUAGUCAAGAUUUCUGUGUCGUCACGCGGAUGACCCUUCUGCUGGUUCGAUUCUUCUACAAGAUGUGGGUGUUUGGUGCUGCAUACUACUGGCUUACCUGGGUCUUCCUGGGGACAUUUUUGCUGGGGUUCCUUAUUGCAAUCAUCAAGAAACGUCGCUCGGCCAUAAGUGGUGAGGUGGACGAGGAUGAUUUUGAUGAAAGUGAUGACGAGAUGAUAAGAGGAUAA